AUGGUCAAGGUCAAUUUCGCAUCCCUUUCCUUGUUUAUUUCCCUGGCCGCUGCUAGCGGUUGGAUGGAUACCUGCAAAAAUGAGGACCUCUCGCCCGAAGGAGCCGUCACUGCUUCAUGCAGCAAGGGAAAAGAUGCUGGAUGGAACGAUGGUGCCAGCAUUGACCUGACAAAGAACUGCUUCAAGUGGGAUCCUGCAUCUGGAAAAUCCACCAUCUACCAUGGUGGCGAUGGGCUGAAAGGUUGUCGCAAAUUUGAAAUCAUCCAAGUUCCACAGGCAACACCGAUCCUCCAGGCAGAAUGUGAUAUUCCCUCCAACGUGCAAAACUCCAAUCAGACCACAGGCUCGGUUCGAAUUGAGUGGAAUAAUGAUCUUCUCAGCAAUCAAGGUGGUAACCUGGGCUGCUAA